GGUUGGCUGCCGGGGCGUCACAGAGCGCGUCGGAACCUGCCAUCGCGCUAGCUCAGCUGUGAAUUGAGAAUCGCGAUCGCAGUCUGGCGCAAAAAAAGAUCUACCUGUAUAACUUCAAUUUUCUCCACGACUGGGACCAGCGUCGGCCAUCUCAACCAAGAAUCUGCCCGCUUGCUCGAUAGAGUCAUCUUGGUACCAUGGUCGCCAGCAGCAGCGGCACCGGCAAAGUCGCCACCGACUUCGAAAAGAUCAUCCACGCCGCUCGGGAUCGCAAGAAGAACGAAGCGCUUGCCGCCCGCAUCUUCGGCACCAAAGACCGCCGCGCAAGUGCUCCUGCACCCAAACCAGCCGCCGCCAGUGGCAGCCUCGCCAGUCGCGCUGGCGUGAGAAAGCGUGGCGUGCCUGCCAAGGCUGCUCGCCAUAGCACAGGGAACAUUGACGGUGAAUGGACACAUGACUUGCACGAAGCACAGCCGCGGGGCCCCAAGGCCGCCGGGAAUGGCGCCGCCUCCCUCGCCGCCCGCAUUACCGAUCCGAAUGCUCCGCUGACCGGACCUGCGAGCCAUAUGCGGAAGCAGCGGCGUGCUGCGCAGGUCGCCCAGGCGCUGAUAAGGUCAGAGCUACAGUCGCCGCGCCAGCAAGGCCAUCAACAACAGUACCAAGAGCAGACGGCGUUCGCCAAUGGCGCAGCUCCCACUGCGCCGAAGGCGAUGACGGGUUUCAACACAUUCAACAAGGGUAUCACGAUUCGCGGUCUGGCCGGCCCCUUCGUCGUGAUGGCGCAGAACUUUGCUCCCGGCACGACGGCAGCCGACAUUGAGAGCGCCAUGACGCCCGUGGGCGGCCUUAUCACCAGCUGUCGGAUACUCAAACAGCACCCGAUUGUGAUCGCUGAAAUCGUUUUUGAGAGCAAGGAAGGCGCCGACAACGUCAUCGCGACGUUCAACAACCAGACGGCCGACGGCCGAGUCCUCAGUGUCUACCCCAAAGUGGGGAACACUCCCUCCGCUCAGACCACGACUCGCCCCUCCUCCAAUAACGACAUGGUCGUGGACGGCUCGUAUGGCUUCGACGAGCCCAUGGACAUGGACUAUCCUUCCGCGCGGCAGCCACCUGCUGGUCCGGCGACGGGAGGCGGCGGCGGGCUCUACAGCGACAGCCUUAUCAACACGAACCGCUGGGGCCGCGGCUUCAGCCGGGGAGCUGGGGGUCCCGGCAGGAGGUAAACAAAGGGGAGGAGGUGGUGGUGGCUGGGAUUCGCUU